CCUCUACCUCCAGUUAGAUAUUAGAGGGUGCAAAGUCAAUCUGAACUUGCAACCAGUGCAGAGUGGUGGAGAAGGACGUCUAUAAGAGGGGAGCUGCAGGAAGUUUCAUUUCCAAAAGUUUUACAUGAUAAAGCCCUCUGACUUGUUGAACAAUAAGAUUGGAUGGAGAUGAUUGGACACAUCCUCACACACCUGCUCUGUCUUGUGUGCCUCUGCUACACUCAUCCUCUGGCAGAUUCUCCCCAACCAACAGCAAUGAUACCAAGAUCCCUGCAUGUGGAUAGCUCUCUAGGCGGCACGGUGGUGUUGAGGUGCAGCUUCUCUAUGAUGCCCGUUUCUCAAAGCAGCUCCGAAGAGGUCAGAAUCCAGUGGAUAAAGCUGCAUUCGCUACUGGGAGACCAGGUGGUACUGGUGGCCCAAGGAGGGAGGGUAAAGUUUGGAGCAACGUUUGUGGACAGAGUGUCAGUGCCUACAAACCCCCAGUCAGUUCAGGAUGCUUCACUGACGAUCACUGGGGUCAGCAGGAGCGACUCCGGGGUUUACAUCUGCAAGGUGACACAUGGACUGGAGGAGACUCAGAGCGCAGUCAGUCUUACCGUCUCCGGUGUGGCGUUUCACUACCGAGCCAGCUCCAGCCGCUACUCUUUGGACUUUACUGAAGCACAGGAGGCGUGUCGCUCUGUAAACGCCUCCAUCGCCACACCUGCACAGCUGACUGCCGCCUACCAGGAUGGCUUGGAUCAGUGUGAUGCAGGGUGGCUCGCUGACCAGUCUGUCAGGUAUCCAAUCACCAGGUCUCGUCCUGGCUGUGAGGGUAACCUUCUGCAGCGCCCAGGUGUACGAACUUAUGGCCGCCGGGACCCCACAGAGAGAUACGACGUGUACUGCUUCGUAGAUAAACUGCAGGGUGAAGUCUUCUAUCCAUCCUCCCUCACUGAUAAGAUCACCUGGCAGGAGGCAAAGGAGGAGUGUGAAAGGCAUGACGCCGUGCUAGCGUCCCCUGGUCAGCUGCACGCUGCCUGGAUGGCGGGACUAAACCGCUGUGACUAUGGCUGGUUGUCUGAUGGCAGUGUUCGAUACCCCGUCACUGUGCCCAAGGUUCAGUGUGGGGGAGGCAUGCUGGGGGUCCGGACGUUCUACAAGUACAAUAAUCAAACUGGCUUCCCAGACCCGACUGAAAAACACGGAGCGUUCUGCUUUAAAGCUUUUCUCCCAGAAACAACAACCAGUUCCCAAACAACUCCAGCUGUGUCUGAACCCAACAUCUCUGCAUCCAGUGUGCACCAUGCAACACCCGCAGUCCCUGAAAUGUCUGAACUUGGACAGAAGGUUCUGGACAGAACCCCAGAACCUGCUGCAAAUUCACCAACCAAGACCACCACAGCAGAUCCCAGCGUUCUUGAUUAUACCGACUAUGACUAUGACCUUAAAGUUUUUGAUCGUUUAGACUUGGUCGAGUCGCUUCCAGGUCGAGGGGAUGUGUUGCCUGAACCUCAUGUUCAGCCUUCAAAACUGGACACCCCUGAACUAGGUGAGCAAGGAGUGACUUCCAGUGGGGAGGCAUCCAGAGUUGACCCCGGCUCCAUCAGCAAUGUCGGAGGAGAAGGAACUCCAGGACACAUCCUGACAACAAGCCUGGCAGAAGACUUCACCACUAGAGCCUUUAUCUCAUCGCAGAAAGCCACUCAAAGUCCCUCACCUCUUCCGGAGAUGGCCCCAUCAACAAGGGGCCCCCUACCUUUCAGCACAGAAGUGAGUCCACUACCUGCGAUUGUGUUCAAAGACGAGCUCAGCCCUGAACCAACCACAGAAAUCGAGCUGAAACCAGACUCUGACCUUUCUGUAAGUGGAGACUCUGAAAAACCACCUCUUCAUGUCCUCAUCAUCAACCUACCGAGUGGAAACGACUCCGGGAUUGAUCCAAAAGACCAGUCUAAAGCAGUGAAAAAUGUCUUGGAUUUCCUGAACCAGCCAUCAAAUGGCUCCCAGUUUCACUUCCCACACAUCCCUGGACUCACACAGAUAUCCAGUGAGGCUGUCCUGAACAACGAAGACUCAGAACUCCUAUCGGAGAAGAUCCGCUUUGUCAAUGGAAAACAUGAGGUGACGUUCAAUCCACCACAUCCAGAGGAAGCCCGCGGUGAUCAGUUUGAGACAGCUUCUCCUGUUUAUCUGGGGGAGGUUAGUCUCGGCGACCAAGAGGAACCAACGGUGUUUACCCUAAAAUACGAUGAUUUACAGAGCCCCACAGCGGAGCCUGAAGAGGCCACUCCUUCCAUAGAUGCAGCCCAGACCACUGUUACUGUUUCAGUCAAUGAUAUCCAGACAGUCCCCAAACAGACUACUCCAUCUCAAGAGCUUGAUAAAUCAGCAGCAACCACCACUCAUCCAUCUAAGUAUUCAUCAGCAACCUCUACCACACUGCCAAUUCCAAUUCUCCUUGAUGUUUCACAGCCCGGCCUACAUGAAGACUUGGAGGACAAACGGAAAGCCACUCCUGAAAAGACUUCUGGAGAUGAGACCUUUCCCACCCCCGCUUCAAUACUAGCUGGUGUGAUAACGGAUGAGGCAGAGAUAGGAGGCACAGAGCUUCCAACUUUGACCCCAGAUAUAAAGUCCCCAAAAACAACAACACAAGCCAGCCUAGGCGACUUUGAAGGGUCUGCAUCUGGAGAGGAGGAGGCCUCUGGGCAAGAUGUCGAUCAUGCAGAUAAACCGACCCUGGUCAAUGUGCCCCCAUCAAUUCACCCCAUCCUUCACACCCGACAGCCUCUGCCCCCAAAAGAUCAGAAAUUAAACGACAGAGAAGGAAAGACUACAGAUGGAACUGCAGAAACAGGCUCAGGUGAGGAGCAGGCGUCUGUAGACGGGGAGGCCUCUGGGCAAGAUGUCGAUCUUCCAGAUAAACCCAACACGCAUCCGUCAGUUCAUCCAUUCCUUCACACCCAACAGCCUCUGCCCCCUGCAGGUCUGGAAGAAAACGCCAGAGAUGGAAAGACAGAUGAUGGUGCUGCAGAAACAGGCUCAGGUGAGGAGCAGGCGUCUGGAGACGGGGAGGCCUCUGGAGAUCUGCCUCCAGUAGGCAGCACUGCUGUUUUACCAGCUGUGGCAACUCUGAAUACUGAAGUUACAACAGAAAAACAUGGUGCAUCCUCCCAAACCAGUCCCUCUGUGCAUUAUUCGGUCACUUUGCCUGAAGAAAGGAAACAUGCAGCGUUCACCACCAAACCUCCACUUGUUACUUCUGAGCUUCCCAGCAGCAGCUUGUCCACCACAAGCUCCACACACAGCGCAAAGGCUAAAACCAUUCCUACAACUGCAGCCUUGACUACACCUGGUGACCAUACAACGCCUUCCAGUCCCAAAUUAGCUGUGAUUCAUCAUCCCUCAGCUACUGUUCUCCCAGAUGAGGAAUCUGUCAGAAAUGACAGUAUGAUGGUGCCUAUACUGCUGGAGUCCCGCCCGGAGAUGCCUGUAAGAGAGAUGCCGGAGAUGCCUAUAAAGAUUGGGAUCACAGAGCAGGCAGAGGCCAGGUCCGAUUUAAAGGCGUCUGUGGAGCCCAGCACUGUAAAUAUUGAAAAUCUACUGCCAUGCUCAGUCAAUGUCUGCCUGAAUGGAGGGUCCUGUUUUAUGAAAGGUCCACAGAACAUCUGCGUCUGUGCCCCUGGAUUCAGUGGAUUUCAGUGUGAAACAGAUGUGGACGAGUGCAACUCUAAUCCAUGUCUGAAUGGAGCCACCUGCUUAGAUGGAGUCAACUCCUUCACCUGUCUCUGCCUACCCAGCUACACAGGACAGCUCUGCGAUCAAGACACAGAGGUGUGUGGAUUUGGCUGGCAGAAGUUUCAGUCUCACUGCUACAAGUACUUUAAACACCAGCGUACGUGGGACUCUGCUGAGAGGGAAUGUCGGAUGCAUGGAGGCCACCUGGCCAGCAUCCUGUCCCACGAGGAGCAGCUCUUUGUCAACCGUCUGGGCAGUGACUACCAGUGGAUUGGCUUGAAUGACAGGAUGUUUGAGAAGGACUUCAGGUGGACUGACGGAAAUCCAAUGCAAUAUGAUAACUGGAGGCCAAACCAGCCAGACAGCUUCUUCCAGUCUGGAGAGGACUGUGUGGUGAUGAUAUGGCAUGAAGGCGGACAAUGGAACGAUGUGCCCUGCAAUUAUCACCUGACCUUCACCUGCAAAAAGGGAACAGUGGCUUGUAACCAGCCCCCUGUGGUGAAGCAUGCAGAGGUGUUUGGAGCAAAGAAAGCUCGUUAUGAGAUCAAUUCCCUGGUCAGAUAUCAUUGUAAAAAGGGCUUCAUCCAGAGACACACUCCAACUAUUCGCUGCGGCUCCAACGGCAGAUGGGAAACACCUAAAGUCACCUGCAUGACACCUGCAACCUACCACCAGUCAGCGAGUGCUCGGCACCGUGGCAACCAAGGAGAAGAGCAAAAGCAUGUCCAUCACAUAAACAGUCAAGAUAGGAAAAAUCCCCACAAAGAGCAGGAGCAGAGUUACAGCAUCUUUGAGCGCCUCCAGAACCAAGUUCUGCAUUUCUUCUAUCAGAAGAGACACACAAACAGGGGUCACAGCGGUCAUUGAACCUUUUUAAAUUAGAAAUAUGAUGGCAACAAAUCAAUGCAGGUUUGCCUUGUUGGUCAUUUGACAUAAACAGACAGAACCUGCGUUGUUUUUCGCCUUGUCUGUUGAUGGUCUCAUAAGAACAAUAUGACAUUCGCCAAAAAAACCCAGAAUGGACAAAGAAGAAAUAGAAACACUUAACAUUUUAACAUUGGAACCGUGUAGUGAUUAUCUCAGCUUUCAGGUCACCUACACUCUCUCUUAUCCCUUUACACUUUGGACAAAUUUGAUCAUUUUCACAUUUUAGUGAUCAAAUGAGUCCACCAGGGGCCUUACUGGACAACCUGGUAAAGUUACAAAACAGUUUCACCUCCACUUUCACCAAUUUAAAGAUAGAAGGGAGGCUAAAACACUCUUCAUGCUAAAACAUGUCACAGUCCUGCAGAAGGUUCUUUAUGAAGAUGACAUUAAUCUUUAAGAGGAGUAACUCUACUUGAAAUAAAAAAAGAAAUAAUUUGCAACCACAACAAUAAAGUAGGUGAGAAAUUUUCAUAAUAAUCAGAAAGACUGGAACCAUUCAGACGUGUCAUUAUAACAAAGGGAAAUUGAUCACAUUUGCAAUAUAGUGGCAAAUUAACAAAAUACAAUUGUCAAAUUGCAGAUGCACACAAUUUUGGUCACAUUAAAAUGAACAAGUUUAAGAAAUCUAUUAUUUUCUCUUUCCCACUCUUUAGGUGGCUGUAAUGUGUUUAUAUCCGGUUUGCUGCUACAAAAAUGAAAGGGAAACAUCCAGCGAGCCACAGGUCUAUGCAUGCAAGUAGAAGUAAGAACUUUCCAAAAAAAGGUUACAGUAAAGUCCAACAACGAAAUCUGGACAAGCAAACUUUCAAUGAAAUGAAAAAAAAAAAAGCUGGAGUGAUACAUCUACAUGUCUGUAAAUAGUGCAAAAUCUAAAUGAAAUCACUAAUGCAAUAUUGGUUAAAAAUCAUUGAAGUUAUGAUUUUUGGCAAAAUCCUUCAGCCCUAAUUAUGAUUACUAUAAUUAAACCUGGUUAACAUAUUUGCCAGUGGUGGACCAUAUAGUGGGUAGUUUUCAUUAAGGAUCAAGAGAACUGUUUCCCAUAAGUUGAUUUCUCAGAGGCAGCGGAACACAUAA